UGUCUCUCUCUCUCUGUCUCUCUCUCUCUCUCUCUCUCUCUCUCUCUCUCUUGUUUUCCGUUACUUUAUUAACAAAAACGAUCAAUCGGAAUUUAUCGGGUACCAAUCGCAGUACAUGUCGACAGACAGCGGGCGUUUGCGCAAAUUAUGGUCUCGAAGACUGAUUCACAGAAACAACAUGAUUUUCCUUAGAAACUUCAUCAGGUCGAAUAGCGAAAUUUAUUUACCGUGUUCACUCGAGUGUGCAAACGUCCGCUGUCCAGAAGGCAAACAUCUUCGGAAUCAUCGCAAUCAUUCGAUGAGUUUGGCAGCGCGUUCCCAUUCGUCGAUCGUUCGAUCGGAGGCUCGUUGCUCUUCGUAGUUUAAUUUCCGGUUAGGAGCCGUAUUUCUCGUCACUCUCGAUCAGAUUGACUUCACGUCACGACGAUUAGUACUUAAGUGUUUCUGACUUCAACGUCGAAGGUCUGUCACUGCCUUACGGACUUUCUUCCGCGUAUGUUCGGCCGUGGUCAGUCGCGACCGGUCGCUGAAAUUUAACAAAGUUACACUCUCACUUUCGUUUCGUAUUGAGAAGAAUCGUCAUCGUUUGCGUAGCAAAAGAUCCCGCUGGUAGGAAUUCGACGAUUCGUGUGGUACUUCCGGAAACUAGUCCUCGAAUGUAUACACGUUGUUCAGUGUACCAACGAGUAAACCACUUCCACAAUAUUAUCGAAAACUUUCGUCAAAGGAUAGAAUUCAAUUCUGUUAAACAGAGUUUAUAAAUGUAAGGGAGAAAAUGCACGAGACUUUCUUUGAAAUAAAAACAUCGAAGCCGCUCUUUGAAAACGUUUAGAUCGCGAUGUAUCGGAUUACUUUUUGGUGCACCCAAACUUCGAACAUUGUUGUUAACAGAAGAACGAACAUAAAAAGCGAACCUCGUUCACGUUCCGAAAUUUUGAUAGUGAUCCGAGUCGUGUGGAACGUUGCUGUUUCGACUCGAAAAAAAGAACCGAUAUCGGCUAAAUAUCAAUGAUCGCGCUUGCGAGUCAACAAUUAUCCGUAUUAUUGAAUCCCCCUGUGAAGAACAGCGAACAAAAUUUAGCAAUUAAAUUGAAUCAAUUAGAUCGAUCGUCGACCGAAAUUGCUUUGUCGCCGACCGAUCGUGCGCACGAAUCGACUUAUUUAGUUUCGAACUAAGCUUUAGAUACGAACUAAUAAAUUCAUUUUUUUUCAUAUUUUUUUUUAUACUUCCUUUUAUUGUCAACGAGCGUGUUGCCAUGUUUUGCGCGGGUAGGGCUUAGGCGCUUUGCGCGGCCAUGAAUCGUUCGUGGCGCGAUCGGGAUCGAGGAGACAGUGUGCAACGGUUUAUCAGCCGGCAAAGUAAAUAAGUAAUUAGCGCGUGACGAAGCGAUUAAAAGUCCACCUUCCCACGCGUUGCAUAACGCGCUGUCAGAGCUGAGCAUCUUCGUGCCCGGAAUUCGCUUCUUUUUAGGUCAGGCAUCAUCGACGAAACUGCGUUAUCGAUUAUCGUCGCUUUAACCCCUGUCCGUAGUGCUCAUUUUCUUGUCGCGGGAAUUCAACUGCCAUGUGUCGUACACGUUAGGGCAGCGGGGCGCUUUAGUUCGUCUCUCGAGGCGAGAUUAUGUCAGCGAUCGAGGAAGCUUGACGGAAACCAAUUUGUACCUUCGACUUUUAAUCUUAAAAGUACUCCUGAUAUUUCUCUUGCUACCACUGCGUUCGGUUGCGCGAAUGGGCGUGGCUUCGUUGCUCCCGGGGCCAGACAGGCCCCACGGGGCAUUCUGUAUCCGUGUCUGCGAUGAAAGUAUAAAACGACCGGUGUCCGCAACGAAAGUAGAUUUUUCAGCUGUAGCGAAAUGUACGAAAGAUCCGGUGCAAUAAACUCGGAAUCGGUUAUCGAUCGGCGAUUCCUUAUCGUGGAGAAUAUACCGUGAGAAUAUUAUUAUUAUGAUUGAAUUCAUUGUGCUGCAAAUCAACUGUUCGAACGACUCGGAACGUGAAUUUUAUUCUUCGCCGUUUCGUUUGGAAAGUGUGGAGAGCAGAAAUCUGAAAGAAACGAUUCGCCACGGUUUAAUUGAACGUAAAUUUUCGAGGUCUCCAUUCGAACUUCCGGUUAACACUAGGAACAGAGAGCGAGAAAGAGAGUUCGAUUUUUUUUCUCUUGUGCACAGAGUGGAAUGUAUGGAAGUUUUGCGUGUUGCUCGCGAUAACGAUUACGCGCGGAAAGAACGGUGGUAAAAAACGAAACGAAAACGUGGUCCGGAACAAAAAUGGCGCGGCUUAGAGGAAUGCUUGGUCGCUUUGUAGUCUCUGUUUUCCAUUGCAAUGUCGACUUUCGCGUGGAUGGAGCCGCUGGCGUGCUUGGCGACUCGCGAAUUACAUUUUUUCAAUUGUUCGACGAUUCUCGUUCGCGCUGGGACGGAGCUUUUGGUCCCUGGACGAUAACUGGCCCCUCGACAAAAAUGUGUCGUCUAGUCUUACGUCUGGCAUUUACAACGUUUGUACAAAAUGAAUGGAACUUGAAUUCGUGUUUAUUAAAUAGAGAAUCUCGAAAGGGAAUCUCUUUCGUUUAUGUUUUUUGUUAAUUCGAGAUUUUUUAUUCGAUAAUAUAUAAAUAUAUAUCUAAUUUAAUAAAAGGGCAAACUUUUGCUUUCUUCCUUCAAUUGCGAAAGACGCAAGGAAAGAUAUUUUUUUAUAUCGGCUAAUUAAAAAUGAUCGAGUUAUGGAUUGUACGUAGUUGAACCGUGGGCCAUUUGUUGUCCACAAUAUUAACAAAACAAAAUGGAGAAAGCAUGCGAGCGGACGAAAGAUCAGUGAACGAGAGUAGAAAAUACAGAAAGCGGUGUACUAAGAUGUUUUUUAAGUAACUGUGAUUUUUUCAAAUGUUUUAUAUUAUAGGUAUGCAGAGUGUCGCAUAAUACGUUGGACCGACUUCGGCGAUUAAUAAUAUACAAAUAUGCUAGAUGAGAUUCGGAAGCUCGCGAAUGAUGUCAGUUGAUUUAUAAAUUAGUCUAAAGUGUAUAUAAUUGUUCAUUGAGUCAUUACUUGGAAAUAUAGUGACCUAAAUGAGGCCACGAGCGUACGGUCAUAUAGUGAUUCACUUCUGUUUCCGGACACCGGAAACUCGAUUCGCGGAAGCACGAUGGGACGUAAAGAUUUGUUUGAUCGUUUUCGAAAAUGGAAGAAGGUGCUGCGUAUUAUGGGACACCCUGCGUAUAUAUAUAUACAUAUAUAAAUAUAUAAAUAUAAUUAAUUAAUUUGUACGCAUAAUACGAACGACGAUGUUUCAAUGUCACUGUGUUUAUACGGAAGUGGUAGAACAUUCUUUGGACUAACAUAUCGCUAGAGAAAGAGAGUAUGCGUGCGUCUGAAAGAGAGAAAGAGAGAGAGAGAGCGAGAGAGAGCGUUUGGCGACUAAUUAUUGCUAUUAUUGUCACCGAUUCACGUAUUAAUUCGUAAUUAUUGUGUCGAUUAUUAUUACGGCAGGUAUGUGCGAGUGCGUUGCCUAAUCUUCACACGGAGUUCGAUUGUUGAUUGCUUAUUCGAUAAGCCUUAUUGUAUGAGCCUCAUGCCAUCGCUGUAAUCAUUGUAUUCAGCGACCUGUACAUGGACGGACACACACGCGUACACACGUUAACACACACGCAGAACACACGAACUUUUUGUCGUCUCCCAUCGAAAGGAUCGUCGAGAUACGAAUCGUUCUUUUGUUUCUUUCCCCGUAUUCUUGCAAUCGACUUCUCAUUGACUGUUCCUAAAACGCCAUUGUACACGCUGAGACCUUCCGUUGAGCAGCCAGCAUGAUGAACUGUGAAAGGGAUUGCGCUUUUCAAUCAUUAUCAUCGGCUUUUGGAGACCUUUUCUAAAUACAAAUUGUCCUGUUAAUACUACUCCACAAAAAUUCUGGUUACUUAGAUUCUACGUCGUAAUCCUCAUCCGUCCUUUCAGACUCUAAAAUUUAGAGCACCGUAAUAUGUUUGUCGUGACGGUAAUCGAUUAAAUAGUCUGCGUAAUUUAAAAAGAAUCUAGUAAAAUUCUUAAAGAAAGAACGAAGCUUCAAAGCGACUACUGCUACUUACAAUUAUUGCAGGCAAUGUUAAAUUUUGCACAAAGAUCCUAGUUUGGUGAUUACUAUAAUUUCCUUUGGCGUAUCGUAUAAAUUUCCUUUGGCUUUAUAAUAAAUCCGUGCAGUACCGUUGCACUAGUAAAUUCUUAGCCGACGAACUUCAACGAUCUAGAAUUCAGUUAGAAUUGCAUGGAAUUAUUGAAAGAGCAAGAAAAUGAAACAGGACAACGAUCCAACUUUCGAUACAAAUGCCGUUUCACUGUAAUUUAAUUUGUGAGCGUACAUCCAUUGAAAGUGUAGAGUUGCCACAAGAUCGCGCGAAAGCUGCUUCUUCUUCAGAAAAUUUGGCUAAUCGACGCAAGUGACGGACGAGGCUCGAUCUCUCUCCACGGUACACACUUUCCACGAUUUCGGGAACUUCCUGGAGCGAAAUCUCGGCCGCGCGAAAUUGAAUUAGAAACUUCCACGAAUUUUGCAGUUCCCCGAAUCUUGAAUGUUAAACAAUCUCCUCGUGGUAGUUCGUCGACACGAACUACCGGCGAAUCGGGGGGGCGGCCCCCCCUUCACCGUUUUCCCGACAAUCUGAAGGUUCUCGCUGCUCGACGAAGGUGCAGCCGUGUCCUGAAAAGAAGUGUUCAUUUUUUGAGAAUCCACUGUGUGGAGGAAAUACAGAAACCGGACUGCGGAUGUUUCUGCAGCCGUUUUUACAGAUUCGCGUGCAGAGAGGCUGGUUCUGAAAGUGAACCACGUAUGCUUCGCGUUUCACCAGUUUUCGCGUUACAUUCGACCGCAACCAGGAUUCUUCUAGGACCGAGAGAAACCCACCGAAAGCCAUGCGAGCGUUAGGCUAGACGGGAAUUCGAGUUCCGUUCUGUUUCAGAGAUUUCCGACACGCAUAGACAUCCGCAGUCGGCGCGUAAUGUAACUUGUAUCACCCACGCAGGGGCGAACGACGAAUUGUCGGGAUCGGAGGUCGCACGGACAUGAUCGACGCGUACAAACAACAAAUACUGAUAAUAAACCAUUUUUGACAAAGCCAGUCGCAAGCUUUUGCAUCGACGCGUUUCCGAGCAACUUGAUUUCAUUACGUGGGAAUAUCUGUACUCCCGCGAUUUAUUUCAAACGAAAAGGUGCAAUUGAUUGGUUCGACGUUUCGCAUAGGUAUUCGUUGUACUUUCGUUAGGUUGCCCGAAUUUUUUCAUUCUGGUUUGCUCGUGAAUGCAGCUUUUAUUUGCGCCAGACCCGGACGUUGUUGUUUGAGAUCUUGCGGAGACGUUUCGAAACAGUUAAACAGCAAGAUUCUGUAACGUGAAAAUUGAGAGAUCUCUUCAAAAUUGAUAACGAUGCGAUAAUAACUGAAAUUCGACGGGUUCUCUUUGUUGCUUAAUCAUUUCGGUACGCCGGAGACCGUCGAGGAUUGCUGCAAUCAAUGCCCGAGGUUCUAACAAUAACGGCGGCACAAUGCAUUUCCCCAAUGAAUUCUUUAUAAUGGUUACGCGCAGAUGAAAGCAACGUUGUAGAUUGUUAGGGCAACGGGAACGAAAGGUUGUCAACUGCAAGUGCACAUUUAAAUGUGAUCAGACGGAAUGGCGAGGCAGCUACCGAUUAUCGUUGACGAUCGUAUCGCAACGGUUGGCAAUUUCUUUUGAACUUAUUACCAGAAUUUCCCAGUCAAAUAUCUAUUGUUCGAACGAAGCAGUCUUUCUAAUUAGCAAUGUAGAGCCAGGCCGACAAUCCAUUCGAUCGACGAUCGAUCCCUUGGAAUAGAAACUCUAGAUCCCGACAGUUCGCGUUCGUCCGUGCCCGGAGGAUGAACUUCCGGUCGCUAAGCGGCCGCGGUCGGAGCCAGAUGGAUCGUGGUAUCACGUACUCGACCUGUAUUUUUUUAAAUAAAAAAACCCGCAAAAAAGACAACCAUACAUGUACAAGUGGAAAACGAUGGUUCACGGAAUUCCGAGCGGCGCGUUGCUCUCGGAGCAAUUCCCACGGAUAUUUCGCACGAUUAUUUCUGGAGAUCCUAUCAAAGUAUUUGUUGUCAAAUUUUUGCUUACGUCAACGUGGGUCUAUUCGUCAGGAGGGUGAGAAAUUUUUGCAGAGAUCAUCCGGCGGGAAUGCACCGUUUCGAAGGGAAUGCAUAAACCGUUGAGGUUUUUGCAGAAUUUUGCGAUUUUAUGAAUUAUUCGAAAGGCAAAAUCGGUUGCAAAAAGACGAUCAGAAAAGAGAACAAAAGAGAAUUAGUUGAAGCAAGGAAAAAGUUGACAGAAAUGUUCACCUUCCCCACAGAAAAAUAACGCGUACAACACGCGCGACGAUUUUAUGAUGGUCGCCUCGCGAGCAAGAAAAUGGCGGACGUGCCGCAGCGACGAUCGAUCGUGUCGAUCAUUUUAGUCACGAUCUCUAUGCAGUCUCGGGCGGAAUUUCACGAGAAUCCUGCAGAUAUUAAUUUCCCGCCGACAAAAAAAGGCCGUGCAAAAAUAUGACCGUAGAACGGAUUUCCGAUUUUGAUCCGUUCCGCGCGUUCCUCGGCCGGUCGAAGCGGAUGAAUAGAAACAAAAGGGAUUGUCCUUCCCUGUCUCUCCGAUUGUAACUAUUUUUUUUUCACCCGCCUUUCUGUUUUUCUCUAUUCUUCCUGCUUUCCUUUUUCUUCUUUUUUUCCAGUUUCACGUCGCGGAACCGUUGUUUCAGCCAACAAAACGAGCUGGAGCUUCGAGCGUGGGUCGAAGCACUCCGUGAACCUUCAUUUCCGAAUCGACAUUCAACUGGAAUGGUAAUCUCGUUGGAGUGUCGGCUCGAUCGACGGAUAAAGGAUAUUCCGUCGCUGGACGCUGUCGAUAUUUUUUAAGAACCACUGGAGGCUAAUAAAACGUUGGUUCGCAUGGAGGAUCAAUUUUUUAGCCGCUCCCGCAGCGCUGCGUUUCCGGCAUUCGGCGUCGUUUUCACUCGAACACGGUGUCUCAGGAUCUUUGUCGAAAAAGGACACUUGCCGGGGCAAUGGCAAUCUUCGUGGAAGCUAACUGUGCAGCGACGUUAGUCAUCGUUCCGAAUGACGCUCGAUCAUCGAGAAACGACACCUGGUAUCGCCAGAACACGAAACACCGCCGGCGGAGCACGUGCGCCAGACGAAUGAUGAUACACGUGUCAUCGGAGAACGCUCAGCGAUACGAUCGUGUGAAGCGUAAGGGCGUAGCGUUUCUCUCGAGCUUUUUUAAAUCGAAGAAGCUUACGUUAGGAAUGAAGAUCAACGAGGAGGAGGAAAUGGAACGUGCCCCGAAAGUCGAGACAGCGGCGAUCAUCACGAACGCCUGCCGGCGCAGCGGCAGCGAGAAUGACAAUCAGGUAUCGAGAAUUCCGUCGACCUUGAGCGUGGCAGCCGUCGAUGUCGUCAUCGCCUGUCAGCCGUCCCCGUCGCACUCCGUUUUAACCUUGACGCCUGGCAGAACACGGAACAUCGAUCAGGACAUGGAGGCACUUAGGCUGAGUCGACAGGAUAAUCCUUUUCUACAGGUGUUGGCGAGUCGCGAGAGCCUCGUGGAGUCCAUAGAGGAGUCCGAAUCCGACGACGCCAUUCUGAUGUCUCAGGAAUUGGGUGAUACCGAUCCGCUGACGCUCGCACAAGUGCACGAGCACCUGGUCCGCAGCCCACCUCCGGCUACGUGGCCUCACACGACGACCUUCCACUUCCCGCAUCAGAAUCCGACGACGAACGGAAGGGCCGAUGGGCUUGGACACUGCAAAAGUCCUCUGAAGACGCCGCCGUAUCGGAGCAACGAGCACGAGAUCUCUCGAAGCGAACCAACCACGGAUAUCAGAGAUCGGCACUCGCACACGUUCUCGCUGCUGCACCCGACGCCGAUCCGCUCGCUGUCCGACGUGCGUCGACUGCACCGAUCGGCGGACGACAGCGUGCAGCUGAUGUCGAACGAGUAACAAGCCCGACGGUUCCGGUCUGCGGCCGGGCUGACGAUGGUUUCUCGCGUUCAGAACAAAGGGGGCUCGUGCUUUGUCGGCGCGACCAGUUUCUGAGGAACGUGUCCGCCCCAAGAGGACACUCGAACGCUCCUCGACGAGCAUCGCGCGAUACAGGUCCGUCGAAUCGAUUCCUCGAGCCUGCCAGUCUCGAGAGCAAGAAAUCCGUCUGCUGCCAUGUGGGACACGCGCGCGGGUCGGCCCUUCGUCGAACAGGUUCGCGUGUACAUAGCGCGACCAUAAUCCACGGCUGUACCGAUAAAUAAUCCGCCGUGCUCUUUGGAAACCAGCCACGCCGCGCGAUCUCGAUCUCAGAGUCUCCGACGAUCCGCGCUUCACGGUUCCAGCUCGAAAUUGCCUGUAAACGGAAGCGUGCGGGAAAUCAGGAGACCGGUUUCGCCGAAUCUUUGCCCGUUCUUUGAGGGGGAAACGGAGCUCGCACGGAUCUGUAGCAAAAGUCAGCUCCGAAUCGCCGAAGAAUCAACCGACGAACUCCGCCCGAAUCCUUGUAGAAUUUCGUUCGAACGCGAUCGAUUUAGCGUGGAACGAUUCGACGAACGUGGCGGUAUUAUUUAUCGAUGCGCUUAAAUACCGUCGUUGUGUUAGAUCGGUGAGAGGCGGACGCAUCGAGAGUUUGCAAGCGAUAUAUCUCUUUGUAUUGUUCGGGCGGACAAGUCUCGCGAGUUCGCUCGCGUCCGGAGAAUACCGUGGCAGAAGAGCGUCGAUCAUGGGAUAUGUUUCAGACGAUUUUUGUUCGGCGUGGUGCGCGCGGACGGUGGAUCACUGUGAGCAUAGUCAAUACGGAAGAGGGUAACCUUGCCUCUCGCGUGGAAAGGUCUCAACGAGGCUUAUUCAUCGAAGCACAAAAUUAGCGACGAUAUUUUAUCGUUUGACGAAUUUCAUUCAUUGAAUCUCUACUAUUUGUGUAAGCAACAUCACGUAUCGAUUCGUACACUGGUUGCCGCUUUUUCUGCACACGCAUCGUAGAUCCGGUUGUUCAACCGGCGGGUACCAAAAUGGCCGCCGUUCGGGCGGCGCGGAGUCACGUUUGCGACCGUUCAUCGAUUUCCGUUCAUCGAUCCGACGAUUCUUUGUGAAAUCGAGUUUAUAUACUGCCGCGGUAUGUAAAUAUUCUUGUGCGCGACGUUUCCACGUAUUCGGACGAAUUCGUAAUCGAUGAAAAUCAUUGGAAAAUUCGCACGCUCGGAACGAAUGGAACGCGCGGAAUCCAUCUUUGUCGCCUCGAUAGCCGACGGUUCUUCGUUUCGCGACGAUUAAUGAGUAACGCGCGUAGAUUUGUUGCUUCGCGGUGUCCCGAGCAUCGUGUGCGAAGCGUGUACGGCAUCGUUCGUUUACGUUCGUCCGUCGACGAACGAAAGAUAAUUUCGUCGACGGCGGAUUUUGUGCCAUCGCAGCGUCCAAGAGCUGUCCGUGACCCGGUAUUGUUGAAAGCUCGAUUAUACAUAUGCUUUAACCGGCUCGCCGCAUUUGCAUAAAUAUCCGCGAUCGGGUGAUUCGUUAAGUUUGUUUGGCGUGAGUUUGUACGAUUCGCGAGACGCGCCUGACACGGUUUGCCAACCGAGCCUAUCUCAUUCGGAUAAGUGCGCGACGCAAUAAUAAUCACCGUGCAGGCGGCCCACAGGCCUACGUUCGAUCGAUGACGAAUUUAUCUUUAUUGUCAAUCGGAUCGGAGGGUAUAUACGACGACGAUUCUCUCUAUACAUCUGGAUUCCCCGUCGAGUAAUUAGGGGAAAAUCAUGGCCGCGUGUUAUCAGUCAAUUCAGUGAAAUACAAAUAAGCGUGUUUGUUUUUUAACGAGGCCGGCUCACGAAGGCGCAGUCGAGUGCUGCGUACAAUUCUUGCAAUAAUUACACCAACCGGCGAACGGCCCGGCGUUUUCGAUUCGUUACGGAACAGCUGGAUAAAAUUGUCUCUCCGCGUUGCGACCGUUUCAACUUCUCGUUUUCGCGGCUCGCUCGCCUUUUUUUCGUUCUUCCCCCCGGCAACCGCGACCAAGAACGUCGGAAUUUCACGCGUUCGCAAUCUUCGUGGAUUAAAUACGAUUUACUCCGACCAUAAGCUCGUGAAUCGACGCUUCGACUACUCUAUUACAAUGAUCCGCGCGACGAAAAGAUUAAUUAACGCGACUCGCGCUGCCGCGGAGCAUUUUUAACGAUGUUCGGCGGAACGAAGAAUGCUUUCUUGACACGCGUCGACCGCGUUUAACGAUCAACCGUGUCGCGAUGAUCUCGCGGAACAAUUUCGGACGGUCAAUGUGUGACGAACAAUUGAGUGUCCCGCGCAUGAAUUAGGAGAAUACGUCACACCGAUGAACUGUACGCGUCGUGAAACAGAGAAUGUCUCUACCAGACGUAUUUUUAACAAUUUCCCUACCGUUCGUUCGAAUCAUUAAUUUUCUAAAAGCAACAACAACCACUUUGUACCUUCGCUUGGUGAAAUCCGACGCAAAACGCAGUCCUAGCACCAAGUCGAUCAUCCCUUUCGUCGCGCGAAAAUUAACGGGGGUUGUUGUUAUCGUUGUUAUCGAGCAUCCAAUUUUAAACGUCGCAUGAUCGUCCGACGACGGGGUUCGUUCCAAUUCCUCUCUCUCACAACGAUUCCGGCUAUCGAUCUUUCCCCGAAUGCAAUCGUUACACUGCGGAUCUUUCUGCGCUUACCACGCGAAACCUUCGUGUCAACGAACGACAAAUUAUUUCCCGUUCGAAUCCCCGCGAAAUCCGUGUCGGAGGCCGGGGAUUUCUACGAUGAUUCGCUGUCCACCGAUUCGGCCGGCGUUUCCUUACGAAAAACGCGAACGGUUCCGAGAACACGGCCGAGUCGGAAUUAGCGUAACGAGAACGGGAAAUCGAUCGCAGGUGGUCACGGUCGUCCAUUUCCCGAAUCGACAAGAUGCACCGAGUCGAUUCAGACUGAUUCGGGGAAUCGUUACAAUGACCAUAUUGGAUUUCGCUGUGGCUCGCGGCGAAGAUAGGCCUGACUGCGACGAGGAGUUAGCGUAAUCUUUAAGUAGAUUAAGAACAUUUUUUAUGGGAGGGAAGACGUGUUCGUCGACGACGGUUUGCGUGUCGGGAUCUCGAAGGUGCGAGAACGCAUGUGUGGCUCUGUGUGUGUGUGUGUCUUUUAACGUUUUAGCACAAUUUCACGCGGACGCUUAGGCGAACCGGUGUUUCGGUUUCGCGAACGCACACGACCCGUACGUUUCCCGCAAAUUUUGUUACGGAACUCGGCGAUACGGUCUGUCUCUCGGCGGGCAGGCAACGUGUCCGGGGCACAUCCUACGUAGAUUUUUGGCGAACAAGCGUGCACGAAUUUGUAAACGCACGACGCGAGUCGGCCGAGGACGAACCGUCCGCGACUCGGCCCACGAUCGGCCAGGUGAAUUUUAGCAGGGUUUAUACGGAACUUUCGAAACAGUAGCACGUAAGACGGAAGGAUCUAGAGAAUGAAUAUUACUAAUUAAACGCCAUAGAGGGUGUCCAGUCGCGACUUGGCCCUUGAGAAUUGAGAUUAUUUGUAUCUUAUGCGGCAUCAAUUUAGACACCGUGACCGGCGAUCGGGCGCCGGAGUGACAUAGGACAGAAAACGAAAAGAAGGGGGAAAAAAACAGUAGAGAGACGUAUAUUAUAAUAAUCUAGUGGAAUAUAACAUAUAUGCCGGGGACCGCGCCGUCGUUCUCAAGCAAAUAUGAAAUGAAUACUUGUUCAGGUUAAUAUUCGAGUGUUGAAUAAUCCAUAGCGAGGCGGUGAAUCGACUAUUAUUAUUAAGGGAAAACUGACGUUACUUUUAUCGGAAAGCGAUAUUGAAUGUUGUACGAAACUAUCGAUUUUACGGACAUUAACAUAAAACGUUUCAAAUUUAUCGAACGGAUAAUUAAGAAUGUUUCCUUUUGCGUUGAUUCGUUGACACUUUCCGUAGUAUUGUACACAAAAAUUGUACUCCGUUGUUUUCGACCGAAUUAAAUAUAUUUUGUUGAAUCGAAAGGUAA